CCCUUGUCAGCUUCCACCCCUUCAAGACUUCUCGUGCCAUGACGCUGCCGGCCGGGGGCGUGCAGGCCAAGCCCGGGCUCCGCACAGGCCAGCGGGUGGUGCUGCACGGCCUCGCCAAGGCGGAGCUCAACGGCCACCGCGGCGUGGUGGUGCGCUGGCGCGAGGAUUGCGGUCGCUAUGCCGUGCGCGUGGCUGGCAAGGAGAUGGGCCUGCGCCCGGAGAACCUGAAGCCGGAGGGCGGCGCGGCGGUGGCCCAGGAGAUGGCCAAGAAGCUCAGCGCCAAGGUGGGAGACGGAUCCAUGUACAACCCAGAGGCCUACUCUCGGAUCCCCGGCGCUGGGCCGAAGAUGACCCACUGGGUGGGCCAGGUGAAGGCCGGCCGACGCGUCAUGGUGCGAGCGGAGGAGACCAGCGCAGAGGCGGAGCCGGUGCCGCUGUGGUUCGGGGACCAGGGCUUCGUGAACAGCGCGCCGGUGGAUGUGGCGCUGCUGCUGGAGGAUGUGGGCGACGACGUGGACGCCUGGCCCAGCGCCCUGCAGCGCGCGCUGAGGCGCUUCCCCGAGGCCGCCGGGAGGCUGCGCCAGGUGAAGAAGGACGGGAAGCUGUCUUGGAAGAUCUUCCUCAACAACGGCGGGGUGCCCUUCACCACCGCCUCGGUGCCUCCCUGCGGCCUGCCCUCUGCGGAGGCGCUGCAGCUGGCCUGUCAAGACGACUCCUCCGGAUUCUUUGACACCGGCAUGGCGGAGGGCGAGGAAGAGCCCUUGCUGCGAGUGAAGCUCAUCCACGAGGAGGGCACGGCCCGAGGCCUUUUGGCGGUGUCGUUCCACCACGUGCUCUGCGACAUCUUCGGCUUGGCCGCUCUGCUCCGCGCCUGGCACGGCGAGCUGGACGUCUCCGCCUCCGGCACCUGGGAGCCGCUGAGCCACGACCGUGGUGCCGCGCAGGCGGCCUUCGAUGCGGCGGAGGUGGCGGAGGCUCCGGAGGUGUGGCCGCUGCACUCCCGCGCCACGGAGCGCUGGUGCUUCCUGGCCCGCAGGCUGCGCAGUGGGUUGCGGGGCCGCCCGGACGGCGCCGCCACGCUGUGCUUCGCGGUGCCAGAGGUCAAAGCGGCAGGCGGCGCCUCCAACUUCGAGGCGCUGGUCUGUGGCCUGGCGCAGCGCCUGCGAAGGCAUUGGGUGCUGGUCACCAAGGACUACCGCGCCGCGCUGGGCAAGGCAGCGCCAGGCCAAGGCCUCGAGCGGCUCUUCGCCAACGUAGUGACCCACGGGGUCUCCUUCUCCCCCGACGGCUCCCUGCAGGAGGCCUGCGCCGCCAUGCGCCGCGCCAUCGACGCGGUGUCUCUGGGCUACGUCCGGUGGCACAGUGAGCAGGACCACGCCCAGGGCCUGCCGAACAUCUUCGGGGCUUUGUGCGUGAACACCUGGGGCCAGGCCUUGAGCAGCCUCGACUUCGUGCAGGCCUAUGCCAUCGGCAUGAGGAGCGUGGACGAGCGUGCGGCACGCAUGUGUUUCCCGUUGGACGCCGCCUACAUGCAGGUCUUGCCACAGCCCUCGGGGAUGCAGAGGAUCCUCUUGACGAUGCCUGUCACAGAGAUUGAGGACUUCCUCAAGGACCUGCCUGCAGAGUACGAAGCGCCCCACAUCAGCGAGAUGCGCACGCACGCCUUCCGUGCGCCGCUGCCCGCUUCUGUGCUGGACCGCUUGAACCCUGCGGUGGAGACGCAUCACAUCGUGGCGCGUGUCGCGUGCGUGGGCGACUCCAUCACAUUCUGCGGCUACCCAAAGCUCUUGCAGGCGCACUUUGACCGGGCCGGCAUGAAUGUCCAGGUCCGGAACUUCGGCCUUUGCGGCGCCACAGCGCUGCGCUUUGCAGACGUGCCGUACUGGGAGGCCCGCAAGCUGGAGGAUGUGCGCGUGUGGCGCCCUCACUUCCUGGUCACCAUGUUCGGCACCAACGAUGCCAAGAUCUCCAACUGGGACGCACAGAGCUUCGAGCAGGACUACCGUGACUUUUGCGUACAAUUCCUGCAGCGCAUGGAACCCCGCCCGGAGAUUCUGCUGGCGCUACCGCCGCCAGCCUACGAGAACGACUUGGAGAUCCAGCAGGAUGUGGUGAACACCCACCUCCCCUCCGCCAUCCAGCGAGUGGCGGAGGCUGCGGCAAGUGUCAUCAACACGCCCAUGGAGGAGCAGGCGAGAAGAGGCAGAACCACUGUCCCUCCCGAGCUGCUGGCGCGCGCCAGCGUUCUGGACACCUUCGCACUUCUGGGAGGGGAGAAGCUGUCGAGACCUGGCUACUUCGCCGACGGCAUCCAUCCAAACGAGCGAGGCACAAAGCUGCUGGGCUUGAGCAUCUUUGCAGAGCUCCGGGCAAAGGUCUCCAAGUACCUGCGCAAGCGCGCCGACGAGGCCGCCAAGGAGGUCCCAGAUAACCCGCUGGGGCUGUAGGUUUAGGAGUUUUGGAAGUCGAGGUCCUUGUCAGACCGACUACCCCACGAAAGCAAG